AUGGUUGGGAGCCGUUAUAAGGAAAAACAAGCCAAGACGCGCGGUCUUUCCAUGCUGUAUAACAUGUGCCUGAUAUUUACUGAUGGGACACGUCUCUGUGUUACGCCUAUACACACACUAGGACAAGAGAAGAUGGACGCGCACAUUCCCAGCAGUGAUUGGACACAUCUAUGUGUCACGCCCAUUCACAGGCUAGAACAGGAAAAGAUGGGCACACACGCGGAUGCUCUCAGCAGGUCAGAACCAGUUUCUUCAAAGCAGUUUGCUUUUUUAAGGACACUCUUCAUCCCGCUCAUUAUUUUUGUGUUUCUCUACUUCAUCCAGUGGCUCACUAGAGAAAAUGUUAAUAAUUACAAGCCUAUUGUUUUGUACCCUCUCCCAAAAAAGAAGCCGUCACCCUCAAUGUCAUGUGGUGUGCCAGUGCAAAAUGAUCCAAUCAUUAAAGUCAACAAUCUUAAUACAUAUCUGGUCGGCUCCUACAUAGAGCACCGUCAGGAGGUGAAAAUGAUAAAGACAAUCGCUAUAGUGCUUCGUAGUGAAACUACAAAUUAUAACUGCUUGCUGUGCUGCAACGGACAGACCACAUCCGUACCCGCUAUGUACAACAUUCACUCUGACCACUUUGGGUUUGAAUACGGUACGGCUGAUAUUACCUGCCAAUUACCAGAAGACUGUGAAACACCGACACAUGUGGCAAUCACUUCCCGAUCAUCUAAUAAGGAUGGAUCCUCACAGGACAUUCACACCUUCCAACCUGUUAGGAAUCAGCAGAAGCAGGAAGUCUUUCCUUAUGAGUUUACAGUCUGCAUUUCUGUCAUGUAUGAUUAUGACAAUGUCCUGGAGCUUGUGCAGGCCAUGGAGAUGUUCAAGAUACUCGGAGUCCAGAAGGUAGCUAUUUACAAAACCAGUUGCCUUCCCAAAACACAGAAGGUCCUGGAUUACUACAUCAAGCAGAACUUUGUGGAACUUAUCCCCUGGAAAGUAAAUUCUUACAUCAAGGUGUCCAGAGGCUGGCAGAAAUCGGUUUCACCAGGAGAGCUGCAUUACUACGGCCAAAUUCCGGCACUCAAUGAUUGUGUGUAUCGUUACAUGUACCAGACUCGCUAUGUAGCUCUGCAAGACUUGGAUGAAAUUAUUCUACCUAUGAAUUUAAAAAACUGGACAGAGCUCCUGCCUGAACUGGAGAGGAAAUACAAUCAGAUUGGUGGCUUUGAAUUUGAGAAUAAUUAUUUUCCUCUUUCAAUCACGGAUUCAAGCCCUAAGUAUUCUCCAGACUCCUGGAAGAAGGUUACGGGAGUAAACAUUUUACAACAUAUCAUUAGAAUAAGCAAUGAUCCAACGAAAUUCAAUAACUUCAAAGUGAUUGUUAAUCCUCGCCUAGUGUUUCAGACUACAGUCCACGGAUUUUUGCAGACUGUGAGGAAUAGUGUCAGAGUGGACCCUCACAUUGCCCGCAUGUAUCACAUGAGAUCCAUUCCAAGAGAAAUCUGGGUAACACGUUCCCAAAUACAGGACACACAUCUGAGGGACUAUGCGGACAGUCUGAUCCCGGCUGUUUCUGAAGUUCUUCGACAAGCACUGGGCAUUUAAUAAAAUGCAUAACUAAUCUGUGUUAAACCAGAAAAUGUGUGAAAAUAAUUAAUAUAUAUAUAUAUAUGAUCAAGAAAUUUUAUAUAAACAUUUCAUGACACUGUCUAAAACUUCCAAAUGCAUUCUAAUAAAUUUAGCUGGAACAAUGAUUAGCUGAAUGUCAUAAGACAGGACUUUCUUGUAAUAUUUACUGCAGUUUUUAUAGACAAAUAAAAUGCUUUUAAAUAUAUGAAUUAUCAGUUAAAUAUGUGAAACUCUGUUCAGUUUGUAGUCUUCUUGAAUCCUGUGAUGCCUGUACAUAAAGCAUGAUAUGCACACAACUUCCUGUGAAGUGUAAAACACUAUUAAGCUAUAUACUAAUUCAGUAUCUGACAGAAAUUCUGUCAUUGAAUGGUAAGAUGAUUAAAAUGCAAAGAUUUACGCAACUAUUCAGCAACGUAGAAGGUAAGAACAACCUAUGACAGUAACAUACAUAAACAAUACAUAAACAGUACAUAAACUUAAUUGCCAGUUUAUUAGGCACCCCCAGCUUUUGCCCGUUUUUUCCAGUUUCAUUUUUAUUGAACAUUUCUGCUGU